AUGUUCUACGUCUCAGAGCUUAAUCUCAGAGGAAAGGGCCCUCUAGCAAGGUUGUGGCAAGCUUGUCACAAUCCCAAGAAAAUUUCAAAGAAGAUAGCUGAAGACUUCAGCUAUCAAGAGGGGUUCAAAGCCAUUGUUGAACCAGAAAACGACAGAAUAUAUGCUCUGAGAUUAAAUGGACAGCUGCUACUUGGCUUUGUGCGAAUGCAUGACGCAAAAGUUUCCUUCUUUCAGGAUACGAUUAAAUAUGCGCAUGACCGGUUAAGUCUUGCAUUCAAUGCCGGCUUGUCCAAAUCGGUGGAUAUGAAGAUUUCUAAAAAAGCGGACAGCAGCAAGAAAGAUAGCAUCACCUUGUCUCAAAGCGUUGUAAAUGAUUUAUCAAUGCUCGACAUACCAGAGAUUGAUUUGAAAGAAAGUCACCAGACAAAUAUUCAUCAUACAAGCGGAAUCGAUCAAAAUACCGACUUGUUGAAAACCGAAAGGAAGCAGAAAAGCUCAAUGAAAAGCAACAAGCGCAAAUUGAAAAUGGAUGUGUGCAUUCAAGUUUCCAAAGAGGAACAGAGAAUGUGGGUAACAGACAAGGAGUGGCAAAAAGAGCUGGGAAUGGCCAAGAAUGCGAUUGUCCCGGCAUUUGAAAGACGCCGUAAAAUGCUCCGAUCCGACCGAGAAAUUUCAGAUGAAUUGCAAAGUGACUUUGUCAAGUUGCACAACGACGACUUCAACGAUGAAAGAGGGAUUUUUGACGAGAUCGAUUUUGCCAACGUCGCACCGGACGCAUUUUCAUUUGACGAAAGCCCCCAUGAACGAUCUUCACGUGCCUCUGGAGUCUCUAGAUUCACAUCCUUCGGGGGAUUAGAGAAUGAUUCCGUCAGCAGAUCGUUAGAAUUCGAAUCUCAGACUCUUGGCUUUGUACAGUCAGAUGCCAAUGAGUCAGGUAGCUGCGUUUUUGCUGAUCAGCUGGAUGGAAAGAUCUCCUCUCAUUUACCCGAUGAGGAUUCUCAGCUGUCAUUUGGUUCAAUUCUCAAGGGAAGACCCUCCAAACGGACUGCAUCAAGAUGCUUCUAUUUCCUCCUCACACUCAUGAACGAGAACGUUGUGCGAUUGGAGCAAAGCACUCCCUACGAGGAGAUACAAAUAUUGCCGACUGCAAAUACGGCCAUGUAUUCAGCCUAG